CAUUGAUAGCUGAGGAGCUGCUCAUAGUAGAUGUGCACUUCUCAGGUAGCUAUAUACUAGUUCUCUAAUGGGGAAUCACUGGGAUCAUAGAUAUGUUCUCCCCUUGGAAAUCAAACAGCUAGACCUCAAGGAACAGAAGUAUACCAACGCGCUCGUGCUUGAGUACUUGUUGCGCCCAGAGAACGGCAUUGCUCUGAUGACGCAAGACCUGGACGGCGCAACAUUCGACAGCAAGUCUCUCCUUCAUCUGGUGGCGAAUCUGAGCUCCAACACCCGCGUCAUCUUAGAUGUUGGCGCCCAAGUAAUCGACCUUAAUAAUCUGGAGUUUGCGAAGGAAUGGCUGAGUUGUUACGAAGGGGGCUAGCAGACCCAAGCUGCCAUUUUCUUCAACGACUUCGAUGAGAUUGUUGUGCUUGAUCGAUCUGGAAAAGUCGAAGAGCUUCAGACGUCACCAUUUGCGAUCAAUUAGAUCAGUGCCUCGUUCUCCUCGACGAUGCUCACACCAGAGGCACAGAUCUCAAGCUCCCAGCUAACGGGCUCGGUCUUUGGCGCGCUGGCGGUCAAGAUGAUCCAACAUGCGGAGGAUCUCCUCAUGAGGGACUCUGACCGGCUCCCUUCGGGGCUCGAGGAGAGC